UUGAAAUAUGGGCAUUUUAUUUUGGAACCGUUUUACCUUAUUUCGAAGGUGUUUUUCUUCCAUUACAAAUGCAAGCGACAGCACAGCGUGACGAUACGAAUGUUAGACGACUUGUAUUAAUGAGUUUUAGAGAUCAUGUUAUAUUACCAAUUGGCAAGAGAGUGGAAGAUGCAUUUAAUAAGUUAUUCCAUGACUUUGAUUCAGGAAUUCCAGUGACUGACACUGCAGCUCGUAUGCUGCAAAUGUCAUACAUUCUGUCAUCAAUUUUAUCUGAUGACGAAAAACAAAAGGAUAUGGAUCGAAUUUUGGGUAAAUUGAAAAAUAACUGGAAAUUGUUUAUGAGGCGUAGAGAUCGAAGAGGUUUCGUAGGAAUGUCACCUUCAAACCCUUCCAAUGUACAAGCUUCAAUAGAAUCAAAGGCGAAUAAUAUAGCUAGUCAUACUGCUAACUCCUCGGAUGGAAUGCUCACCACUACCAGUCCCGCUUCAUAUUUU